AUGUCUGUUCGCGUGCUUGUCACUGGCGGCACUGGCCUCGUCGGUCAAGGCAUCAAGUAUGUGAUUGAGACCGAGCCCGAAAACUCGACGUUUGGCAAGCAGAGUGGCGAGGAGUGGUUCUUCAUCGGCUCGAAGGAGGCGGACCUCAAGAGCCAGGAGCAGACGAUGAAGCUGUUCGAGAAGUACAAGCCGACCCAUGUCAUCCACCUCGCUGCGCUUGUCGGCGGUCUCUUCGCGAACAUGGCCCGGAAACUCGACUUCCUGCGCGACAACCUCCUCAUCAACGACAACGUCCUCCACGCCGCGCACGAGUUCAAGUGCAAGAAGGUGAUCUCCUGCCUGUCGACGUGCGUCUACCCGGACAAGGUCGAGUACCCGCUCGACGAGACCAAGAUCCACCAGGGCCUCCCGCACGAAAGCAACUUCGGCUACGCACACGCGAAGCGACUCGUCGACGUCCAGAACCACGCAUACAAGGACCAGUACGGCGACAACUUCACGUCCGCGAUCCCAACGAACGUGUUCGGGCCGCACGAUAACUUCGACCUGGAGAGCGCGCAUGUGCUCCCCGCACUGAUGCAUCGGUGCUACCUUGCCCAAAAGAACGGCACACCAUUCGUCGUCUGGGGCACCGGCAAGCCGCUCCGGCAGUUCAUCUACUCGCGCGACCUCGCGAAGCUGUUCGUCUGGCAGCUCCGGAACUACGAAUCGGUCGAGCCCCUCAUUCUGUCCGUCGGCGAAGACGAGGAGGUGUCGAUCAAGCAAGCGGCGGACGCGCUCGUGAGCGCGAUGGGAUUCAAGGGCGACUACCGGUUCGACGAGACCAAGGCGGACGGCCAGUUCCGGAAGCCGGCAUCGAACAAGAAGCUCCUUGGGCUGCUCAAGGGAACUGGGUUCCAGUUCACGCCGUUCGAGAAGGCGUUGGACGAGACCGUGCAGUGGUUCCGGCAGAACUACGAGACGGCGAGGACGGGUAAGAAGCAGUAA